CAACCACAACCAUGGAUCUUGUACAGACUGUCCGCAAAGAAGGCAGCCGCGGAGGCCGCGCCGAAUUCAAAUGGGAAGACGUCAAGACGGAUGCCCAGCGCGAGAACUAUCUCGGCCACUCUUUGAUGGCCCCUGUCGGCCGCUGGCAAAACGGUCGUGAUCUUAACUGGUAUGCGAGAGGUGACGACCCAGACCCGCAGUCCGCUGCCGAAAAGCUCGCACAAGAGAAACGCCGCAUAAAAGAGGCUGAAGAAGAUGCCAUGUUGGCAGCCAUGGGCCUUCCGGUUCCAACACGCGGAGUACCUGACGCGAAUCUGACGCCGUUGGGGAAGAAGGCAAGCGAUGCCGAUGUCGAACGCGCUAUGGCUGAGAUUGCUGCCGAAGACGGGCCUGAGGAGCGCGCGAAAGGCGUCGGCUAUAAUGGAUACAGCGGCAGGGCUGGUGCAGUCCCUGGGGGAGAAGGCGAUGUUUUAGAAGGUCAAGCAUGGCGUGAUCCAGAUCGAAGCAAGCGUGAACGAAGCCGCGACCGCAGAGACCGACACAGCGACCGAAACAGAGGCCACAAAAAGCGGAGGCCAUCUAGAAGCAGGUCAAGAGAACGCUAUGACAGGCGGAGAGACCGCUCAAGAUCCAGAGAGAAGCGGAGGCAUCGAGACCAUGACAGACAUGGGUACCGCUCAAGAAGCCGCGACCGCCGGCAAAGAGACGAAGAUCGCCAUCCCAGACGGUACGCUGACGAUGAGCGACCACAGUCGAAAGAGCAGCUCCAACGACGGCGGAGCAGGUCUCCCGACAAUGAGUAUCGUAAAAGACGGUAUUGACGCAAACCAGAGGCCGUCAGCCCCUCUCUGCCAUUGAUUGUAUCCCUAGGCUUCCUUCUUUGCUCAAGGAUCAUCUAAUUGCGGGAUUAACUACUUAGUGCAAAAUGUGUAGUGAAACAACGUCGAGGAAUUUGGUCCGUGAAUGGAAA